CGACAGCAGCAGUACCAACAUCAGCAGUGCCCCGCCACCAUGACGGUUUCAGCUUUGGGCAUGCCAGGUCAACUGGCCAACGAGUCCCUUGCCGAGUACCGACAGCGGUUCCAAGCUCAGCUCGCACUGAUCGAGGCUGAGGAACAGCGCCAGGCGGCAGCCGAGGCUGCCCGCCUACAGGCUGAAGCAGAGGCAACAGCUGAAAAACAGCGGCUUCAGGCCGCAGAGGCCCAGAUCCGCCGCAAGGAGGCCCAGGAUCUGCUGCAGCGGCACGAAGCCACCAGCGUCGACAGGCUCAAGUUCUGGCAUUUUGAACCAACCGAGGACCAUGACGGCGCGACACCGGAAGAGCAGCACAAGGAGUUUCUCUCCAAACUCGUGACCCGGUUGGUUUACACUUGUAUCCACCUGCAGUCCGAGCUGGUGAAUCUCCGACGGGCAGUGAGGAACCACAAGGAUCUGCACGAGGAUGCUACACGGGCACUCCAUUCCUGUGUACAGGACUUGGAGCAAGCAGCACCAAGACCAGAUGCUGGCGAACCCAGCAGUGCAGCCUCAACCCGCCAGUUGGAGCAAAGAGUUGACCAUGUAGUCGCAAUGGUUGGUGACAUCAGCACCUUCGCUGCACCAGCCAGCAUCAACGAGCAGCUCGGCACCUUGAAGACCGAGCCCAGGCAGCUGCACCAGCUGCCCGACAACGAUGGCAACACCAGUGCAUCACGGCUGUACAAGAUGUCGACGUUCCGGAUCGAGAAGUUUGAUGACUACACACAUCACGACCCUGCCAUCUGGUGGCAAGGCUUUACAACGGAGAUUGGGAUUCAUGAGGUCCCCAAUCACUUGUGCAUCUCGGCGUUGUUCCUCAACGCCAAGGGCGGAUGCCAGAUCUGGCUCAGCCUCAUGGCAACCAUCCACGGCGUCUAGGUCUCCGAUCUGCACAAAAAG